CCUCUCGGCCCCGCCCCUACUCCACUCCCCCUCCACUACGCGCGGUUAAAUCCCCGCACCAGAGCAGCGGCACACACCUGCACCCCGCCCCGGCGUAGAACCAUGCCUGCCAGUCGCCUCGGCCCGCUAGCCGCCGCCCUGCUCCUCGGCCUGCUGCUCUUCGGCUUUACGCUAGUCCCAGGCACAGGAGCACAGAAGAUGGGCGUGUGCCCCGAGCUCCAGGCUGACCAGAACUGCACGCAGGAGUGCGUCUCCGACAGCGGGUGCGCCGACAACCUCAAGUGCUGCAGCGCGGGCUGCGCCACCUUCUGCGCUCUGCCCAAUGAUAAGGAGGGUUCCUGCCCCCAGGUGAACAGUGUCUUUCCCCAACUCGGCCUCUGCCAGGACCAGUGCCAGGUGGACAGCCAGUGUCCCGGCCGGAUGAAAUGCUGCCGCAAUGGCUGUGGGAAGGUGUCCUGUGUCACUCCCAAUUUCUGAGUUUUCUUCCUCCAGCUCCAGCCACCACCAGACUGAGCAGUGGGGAGGGAAAGUUUCCGCCUGGCCAUGUGUCUGGUUCCAGCCCACCUGCCCUCCCCCUUUUUCGGCCUCUGUGUUCCCUCCUGGGCUGACCACAGUUUCUCCCUUUUCCAACCAAUAAAGUAACCACUUUCAGCACAUUC